AUGGACCCAAACUCCCUGGCAAGCUCCUUUGUGCAGCACUACUACUCCAACUUCUGCAACCAGGCGACACGUGCUAACGUCCUGUCGCUUUACAGCCCCACAGCGCAGAUGAUUUUCAACGGAACACAUUGCCGGGGAAUCGAGGCCAUCCAGCAACAGCUCGAGCGCAUGAGCUUCAAAACCGUCAAUAUUCCUAAUCCUACUAUUUCUGCGAUGGAUCUCGGGGGACGAUACUUGGUGAAAGUGUCCGGCCUUUUGAGCAUCGACGACUCCAAUCAGCCUAUAGGCUUUGCCCACGUCUUUGUCCUGGGCUCCAACAACGGCUCAUUCUAUAUAGAGGGCGAAAUCUUUUCCUUCGCUAUAAAUUAA